CUGUCUCUCUCUCUCUAAAACUAGUACUACGUCUCUUUACUCUCUCUCUCUUUCAAACAAACUUCACUCAAUCCAUAUUCUCAGAGUUUCUCUGUCUCCCUAUUUUACUAAACACUAAUUGUUCAAAGUAGUGGUAAUUGAAUUGAAUUGAAUUUUGAGUUAAGAUAUGGAUGCUAAUCCCCAAUACGGUCCGAGGACCGUGGAAGAGGUUUUUAGGGAUUUCAAGGGUCGAAGAGCUGGCUUAAUUAAGGCACUCACUUCUGAUGUUGAACGGUUCUAUCAGCAAUGCGACCCUGAUAAGGAAAAUCUUUGCCUUUAUGGACUUCCUGACGAGCAGUGGGAGGUUAAUUUACCUGCUGAAGAGGUGCCUCCAGAGCUUCCAGAGCCUGCUCUUGGUAUUAACUUUGCUCGAGAUGGCAUGCAAGAGAAGGACUGGCUUUCCCUGGUUGCUGUGCACAGCGAUGCAUGGUUACUUGCUGUUGCUUUCUAUUUUGGUGCUAGAUUUGGAUUUGACAAAGCUGAUAGGAAACGACUUUUCAAUAUGAUAAAUGAUCUGCCAACCGUAUUUGAAGUCGUAACUGGGUCAGCCAAGAAACAAUCCAAGGAGAAGUCAUCAGUCUCAAAUCACAGUAGCAACAAAUCCAAGACAAACUCUACGCGUGGCUCUGAUACCCAAGGCAAGUAUUCAAGAGGGGUACUGAAAGGUGAGGAGGAGGAUGGUCUUGAUGAGGAAGAUGAGGAUCAUGGCGAUACCUUAUGUGGUGCAUGUGGUGAGAACUAUGGAGCAGACGAAUUCUGGAUUUGCUGUGACAUCUGUGAGAAAUGGUUCCAUGGGAAGUGUGUUAAGAUCACCCCUGCUAGGGCUGAGCACAUCAAGCAAUACAAGUGCCCAUCUUGUAGCAACAAAAGGGCACGCCCUUGACCUUAGAAGGUUAUAUGUGCCUUAGUAGUCUUGAAGUUGAGUUGCUAAUUGUCUGGUGUAGGUCAAGUACUUGUGUCAGCAGUGGAUAUAUGUUGCUGUUUCUAAAAUUUUCUGGCGUAUUAUGUGUAGGAUUUAAGGCUACAUCAAUUGUUUAGUUGCAAACUGGAUUUGAUUGUUCAAUUUGAAAUAGUUUAUGUUCGCCUUUUCUUAAAUUGAAUGCAUGUGACCUCCUGUCA